AUGUACUCCGGAAGUCCCGAAUUCGAAAGCUUCUUGUGCGAGCAGCUUGAGAAGCUGAAAGUCGACACAGACGUAUUCAAGGAUUACGUCAUGGGCAUUCUUCAAGACGACAGUGCCUCUCGAACAGAGAAGGUAGACGCUGUUGCCGAAAGUCUCCAGUUUGCAGUCGAAGAUGAGUCCGUUGCGGGCCUCGUUCCCGACUUCGCGGCAGAGUGCGUGGACAAAUGGGUGAAGGAAGUGGAGGAAGUUGAGCACCAAAAGAAAACAGAGCAGCAGGAGGCAGCACUCAAAGAUGCGGUCAAAGUGUCAACGCCGGCCUCAGCGCCAGCAGCUCGCUCGCCUGUCAAGACGCAGGGGUGGGAGAACCCACAAGACAAAGCUCUGAAACAGCGCCUGAUGGAGCAGUUCGCUUGGCAAGUCGACGAAGUCGUCGACUUUGAUGAAAACGGUGCUGAGAUGCUCCGCAGCUCGGCCAAGAAGGACUCGCAUGACCCUCUUGCCGACGACUUAUUCAGGAAUGACAAUCGUGCACGGGUGGCAGCGGCACAACAGAUGGAUCGCCUCAAGGCGAAGGCGCAACACGAGGACGAAUUGCGGAGGCGGGCGGAGCAGAAGAAAAUGGAGGCUCUCAAGAAGGAGAAGGAGAAGAACAGAGUCGCAAAGAAAGAGAGGCGCGCGGGGCGCUAGAAAGACCUGAGCCGUUUCUUCUGUUCAACGGCCUUCCGCUUCCGUUCUGGCUGACUUGCAGCUUGCUGGCGAUGGCCUAUCGUGGCCGGUGGGGCGUGCUGUGCUCAGAUUGUGUCAAGCGCGAAGGGAGAUGGCGCUUGGCGUUUUGAGUCCACGAUGUCCGACAGUCUCAACGUGAACAAACCGCUGGGUUGAGAGGGCUGUCGAAGGAUUUCUGAAUCUGCCUGCCACUUGGGGCUGUGAGCGGCGAGGACAGAAGGAGGGCCGG